GCCAUUUACAAGUCCUCGCGUUUCGAUCGCGUUCACUCAGUCGAAUUUAGAGUCUGGUCAACAAUAGACUUACGAAGAAAUUGAAAUUCAUUAGAAAGAACAAACAAACAAAAAAAAAGAAAAAAGAGAAAUCGGUGAUCCGGUUGUUUUAUUGAGUCGUUUCUGAGUCGCGAUGGAAGAAAAACACGCUGCGCCGGAAUCGAUCGCUUCGGUCACGAUCAAGCCCGAGUAUCCGCCCUCUGAGUAUUGCGCUUCUGAGCCACCACCGGCCUACCACAAGGGACAAAGUUCAGCCGUCCAAGUCGCAAGAAUCAUCGCAGUUACCGUAGUGGUAGUUUCGUUCGUUCUUGGCAUCUUCAUUUUAGCAUCGGCUUAUGUCACAGCUACAGCAUCCUGCAGACAACUGGAACAAGAGCUUGAGCUACUCAGUCAAGUAGCUGACCGAUUUGACGGUGACAAUGACGGACCGUUGAUGCCAGAAGCUUUAAGAGGGGAAGAACCUAAACCGACGAAACGUGAAAGUAAAGAAGAAGAACAGCCUCCAUCAAAGCAACCUAUAAAAGAAAUUGAGGAUAACUCAAUCGACAAUUCAGACGAUGAAGAGGAGAACAAAGUGCAUUUCAAACUUCCCUUGCAACUAGACUUUGAUGAGUUGGCUGGCAAUUUGAUUGCCAAAAAUCAAAAAUCCAAAAUGAAUUGCAUUGUCGAGAAGAAGAGAGCAGAAGAGAUCGUCGAUCAUCAACCAAAGACUGUCAGGCUACCAUUCGGGGUAAACAUAACCACCGAUCCCAGGUUGGAAAAAUUAACUGGGGAGAGAAUGGUUAUCAUUUGCGAGAGUGGAAACACGCAAAGUACUGAACCAAAAACCGAAAAACCCGAACCAGAACACGAUGACGAAGAAGAUGACUCCGAACAAGACACCAUCAUGAUCCAACCAGUGAUGAUCCCUAUCCCACAGACCGCCUUCCGCACACACAUGCCUCAACAGAUGCCACCACAAGAACAACCCCGCUUCCAAUUCCGCCCACAACAACAAGUCCAUCCCAUGGAAGCGAUGAGACCUCCUAUGCCACCAAUGCGUCCUCCCAUGGAACCUUUCCGCCCCCCAAUGGAAAUGAGACCUUUCGAAUCUCAACAGCCUAUGGACGUGCAACGUAUCAUCGCUAUCAGGCAAAAUUUCCAACCUCAACAGGAACAAAGAUCCGAAGAGGUGGAACAGCCCCAGAGGAACCCCUUAAUGUUCAUCCCCCAAAGAGUGCAGAUCCACGUGGAAGCUCAGCAGCCACCUCAACCCCAGGAGCAAGCCGAUUCAUCUCCCAACCCACUUAUCCAAAACAUCAUUAGGCAUAUUAUUGCUCAGAAGAUUGCCGAAGCCCAGAAGCCCCAACAGGAACCCGAGCAGCCGAGAUCGUUCCCACUUCCUGAGGAAGUUUUGACUCAGCUUAACAGGUUGCCCAGCCAAAACCGCGUCAUCGUAGCUGUAUCUGAACCAGAUUCUUCUGAAGAAGAAUCCGAUUCUGAGUCAGGAGAGAGCCAGGAUAUGACCGAACAGAAACCAGAACAACAGCCUCAGAUGAUGAUUCAGAACGACAAUAGACAAGCUUACAUGAGAAGGUUGCCCGUUAAUAUUCCUGUUAACAUGAUGCAACAGCAACCCCAGGAACAAGAACCUGCGCAGAAUGAUGAGCACCGACCACAUUUCCUGCAACCCAGGUCUGUAUCAGUGGAAGAGCCGAAAUCCAGGGUUGCCAGAUCAGUCAAUAACCCCCUCCUACCCGAAAAGCGCCUUAAGCGUUGCGCAUGCGACUGCGCAUGUUAAUUAUAACAUUUUUGGCAGUAUCACUACGUGAUUUAUCAUUACAUAUUAUAUUAAUUACUAUUAAUGAAUUUAAAAAAAUAUAUAAUGCGUUACAAAUUAUUCGUAGUUAAGUAGUUUUUGCAACAAACAUACAGGGCAGGAGUAAAUAGUAUGUAUAUAAUGUUAUUAUUAGUGGCAUGUAAAUAGAAUCUCGUUUUUGGCCUGUUUUUUUAUGUGAUAUUGGGGUGGUUGUAAAUUUCCUUUUUUUUUUUCUAAUAAAGAUUAAAUAUUUUUGGAUGUA